CCUCUCACGUCUUGCUCCUAGGGAACAGGUGGCUCCUGGUCGCUCUUCCAUCCGGUCUUCGUCGCCUGCUCCUGCUCGGCCGUAUAUAAACCCUUGCUCGAUCCGUCCAUGGAGGAUCCAGCAGCACCACAACACUGUACAGUCUGCCAGAGCUCCGCCUCCCCCUCCAUUGCCAGAGCUUGAUCGAGUGAUCGGUCGGGCCGGUAGAUCGAUGGGGUUCCUGGAGGCCCUGUCGGGGCUGUGCCGGUCGUGCCCGGCCCCCCUCACGCGCGGCCACCUGCAGAAGGGGCGGCAGCUGGAGACGGUGGAGAUGAAGGUCCGGAUCGACUGCGAGGGGUGCGUGAGCAAGAUCCGCAAGACGCUGGAGGGGAUGGACGGCGUCACCGGCGUCGACGUCGUCCCCAGGGAGAACAGGGUGACCGUCACCGGCUACGUCGACGCCGCCAAGGUGAUGCGCCGCGUCGCGCGCAAGACCGGCAAGCGCGUCGAGCCGUGGCCCUACGUGCCCUACGACGUCGUCGCGCACCCCUACGCGCCCGGCGCCUACGACAAGAGGGCGCCCGCCGGGUACGUCCGCGACGUCAUGGCCAACCCCGGCGGCGCGAACGCGUCCUUCGCGCGCGCCACCUCCACCGAGACUAGGUACACCGGGGCCUUCUCCGACGAGAACCCCAACGCGGCGUGCGCGAUCAUGUAGCUCCUCACUAGGUCGAUCGAUCUCCUCCCGUUCCAUUUGGUAACUCCUAGUAAUACCUAGGUAGUAACUGCUACGUAUGUAUGUAUAUUUGGGUUACACUUUUUCCUCGGAGGAGCUGCAUGGCUGCUCCGGGUUGGUUCAGGCGGCAGGCUGGCCGUCCUGCCGUCGUUCCCGUCGCAGAUGCUUCAGGCUGCCCCGCCGUCGCCGUGCUGGGGCCGGUCAAGCUCUUCGACCACUGAUGAGUUGCUGCAGUGUCCAUGGGCCACCAAUUUUUAACCUCCAGGCUCUAAGAAAGCCCUGGAGGCCACCUAAGAUCACGCCGUUGCGCAAUGCCAGCAAAGGAGUACUGAUCUUGCCCGGCGAGGUCGGGUCUUUGUGAUUGAAUAAAUUAUUAGUGGAUUUAGCUUCUUCCAUCUUUCAGCUUCAGUUACUGUUUCCAGAAUAGACUUUGUAAUUUCCUUUCUUUACAAGAACCGUAAGUAGUGAUCUAUGUAACAAUUCUACACAAGCAAUUUAGUGCGUAAUUUUUAGGAACAAUUUCUGGCCAA